UGGGUGAGACGCGGACGGCACGCAGAGAGACGCCGGGUCAACGCGCCAGGUAACAACGCCUCAGGACACCCGCUGACGUCCUCGUCGAGGUCCUUGUCGUUGUCCUCGUCGACAACGUGAACGGCGACGCGUCGUGGUACCCAAGAACGCGGACGAGCCGUCUCGUUCCAUGGAUAACAUGAAGUCCUUCCACGCCGCCUCCUGGAGCUUCGCCCUCCUCGCGGCCACGGUCGCGUUGCUGCCCGCCACGCAUCGUGCCCCGUUCGCCCAAGCCGCAACCGGCGGAGGCAGUAUGCUGGGUGACGUCAACAUCUCCGCGAUAUUGGACUCGUUCUCCGUCAGUUACGAUAAAAGAGUAAGGCCGAACUACGGAGGUCCUCCUGUCGAGGUGGGCGUCACCAUGUACGUCUUGAGUAUCAGCUCGCUAUCCGAAGUGAAAAUGGACUUCACGCUGGAUUUUUACUUCCGGCAAUUCUGGACGGACCCGAGACUCGCGUUCAAGAAACGAACGGGUGUCGAGACGCUCAGCGUCGGCUCGGAGUUCAUCAAGAAUAUCUGGGUGCCUGACACAUUCUUCGUCAACGAGAAGCAAUCGUACUUUCACAUCGCUACCACCAGCAACGAGUUCAUUCGUAUUCAUCACUCGGGAAGCAUCACGCGUAGUAUACGUUUAACGAUCACAGCAUCGUGUCCAAUGAAUCUGCAAUACUUUCCGAUGGACCGACAGCUCUGCAAUAUCGAGAUCGAGAGCUUUGGAUACACAAUGCGCGAUAUUCGGUACAAAUGGAACGCCGGCCUACAGUCGGUCGGCAUCUCGAACGAGGUGGAACUACCGCAGUUUCGCGUGCUCGGUCACAGGCAACGACAUUCAACCAUACACCUAUCUACAGUCGGAUACACGAUGAGGGACAUCCGAUACAAGUGGAACGAGGGCCCGGACAGCGUCGGUGUCAGCCACGAGGUCUCGCUCCCUCAGUUCAAGGUCCUUGGUCACCGUCAACGAGCCAUGGAGAUUAGUCUUACUACCGGCAAUUAUUCGCGGCUGGCCUGCGAGAUCCAGUUCGUACGGUCGAUGGGCUACUACCUGAUUCAAAUCUACAUUCCCUCGGGCUUGAUCGUCAUAAUCUCAUGGGUGAGCUUUUGGCUGAACCGAAACGCGACCCCCGCUCGGGUGGCCCUCGGAGUAACCACUGUGCUCACCAUGACCACUCUAAUGUCCUCGACGAACGCGGCGUUACCAAAAAUCUCCUACGUGAAGUCCAUCGACGUCUAUCUGGGAACCUGUUUCGUCAUGGUGUUCGCCUCGUUGCUCGAAUACGCCACGGUGGGUUACAUGGCAAAGAGGAUUCAAAUGAGGAAGAACCGCUUCCAAAAAAUAGCAGAAAGUAUGAAGGCGGCGAGAGAGAAUCCAGGACCGCCCGGAGUGCCCGGCGAUCACGGAGACCACGCGCCUAAGCAAACUUGGUCCCGUGUUGUCCAGGAGGUGCGGUUCAAGGUACACGACCCGAAGGCACACAGCAAAGGUGGAACACUCGAAAACACCAUAAACGGGCGAGCUGACGAGGAAGCAGCGCCCGCGCCACAACACCUCAUUCAUCCUGGCAAGGAUAUCAGCAAACUUUACGGUAUUACGCCGUCGGAUAUCGACAAAUACUCCCGCAUCGUGUUCCCGGUAUGUUUCGUCUGUUUCAACCUAAUGUAUUGGAUCAUAUACCUGCACAUCAGCGACGUCGUGGCGGACGAUUUGGUGGUUCUCGAGGAAGGGAAAUAAACGAAUGAACGCGACGCUCGCGUGCGCACACGGCAAAAAAGGACGUGCGGUGAAAGACAGAAACGAAAGUAUAAAAACUGAGGGUGGGACAGACGGGUGAAACCUGUUUCGCAAGAGGAGCUAUCGAAACGAAAAUGAAACAAAAAAAAGAAAAAACCAAGGGAAAAACCAAAAUAACGCUGUGAUUACUUCGAGACGGGGGCAAGUACAAGGAACUGUAUAAAUUAAAUUGACCUGGCCGCUGGGGAUCGACGAUUAAUGAAAAUGGAAAUAUAAGAAUACGAAAAAGAGACGUGAAGGGAGACUGGGAGAGCCAAAUGGAAGUUAAUAGCUCUCCGCUGAUUUAAACGAGAAUAUAAUUUCAAUUCGAGUUAAUACAAAGAAAUAAAAGAAAAAAACGGAAUAGUGUCAAAUCAAAAAAAAAAAAUAAAUAAAACGUCGUCGUGGACUCGAACGAACCGCGUCGUGCUUCGAGCAAGAGAUAGAGACAGUCGCCAGCCAGACCAGUCGGCCGACUGAAACGCGCUGUGACUACUUCGUGACAUUCCGCAAAUCCCAUCGAUCAUAGUCUCCCUUUGCCAAGUGAUCUUCGAUUUCCGUGACCCAUCUUGCUAAACUGUCCCCCGUAAGAAGGGUUCGAUUCACGCGAGGACGAAUGUGGCGGGAACACGGUAAACACGCCCCACGGAAAAAAAAAUAACAAAACUAUAAGAAUCCUAAACUAAACGGCGUAUCCACGAGCGUGCAUACUUUAAACAUUGCCAGUCUAGGUACGUAGCUCUUUAAGAAGAAAGAGAACAAAGAAAAAUACCUUCGAUAUAAACACUUGUCAAUUUAGCUACCAUUAUAUACAUACAUAUAUACAUAUAUACAUAUAUAUAAGUACAUAUAUAGAUAUAUAGAUAACUAUAGGUAUAUGUACAUGUAUAUAUACGUAUAUAUAUAUAUAUACAUAUAUAGUAAAGUUAACUAAACGUAAGGAAGAACGCAAAGCUCGAGACGGCGAAUCGGAAUAAACGCGAUGGAAAACGAGGGACUCUUGGGAACGAUCGAGAAUUAACGAUCGUCGCUCGAAUGGCGCUCGUAUGUACGUGUUUGCAUGCGUCUGUGCGCGCGUGCGCGCGUGUGUGUGUGUGUGUGUGUGCAUGACCGUAAGCUCGAGAAAAACGAAAAAAUAGAAACGCGUGUGCGUGUGGGUGCGCGAGGAUGAGUGUGUGCGGCGUCACUGUCCUACGCGUACGAACCACAAAUGCGUAGGCGUACGUUUGCGCGCGUGUGUGUGUACUCUGCGAGCGCCAACGCGUGGCACGUCAAAAGAGAGCCGAAUAGAGGGUUUUUAUUUCGGAACCGAUAACGAAAAAACAAAAA